AUGGAUUUCAGCAAUGGAGUUCUCUCUAUGUGCCUUUUGACCUUCAGCACGACCGUGUGUGUCCUUGGUCUCAUUCUAGGCGUUGUCUUCGUCCUCAUCCACCGACAAAGGGAGGAGCAGCUUCUAGACGAUAUUUACCAUACCGUAUGUUCCGCCAUUGAAGCAUCAGAUGACGCUGAGAACUGUAACUGCGUGAAUGGCGAGCAAAGACAAGGACCAAGAAAUUAUCGGGUUCCAAACUAUUCUUCGAUCGGCUCGUAUAAGAAAAGAGCAACAGCAGCGCAACCCGCCACAGCAGCAGCAACAAGAACAACAACAUCACCAACGGAGGCGCCUAUCAACGCAUGGUGGUAA